CGUUCGCGUCGGUUGUCCGUUGUUGCUUGUCCGUUGUCGGCUCUGUCCGUUGUCGGUUGUUGCUUGCUGCGCGUAUCGUGUUGCGUGUUGCGCGUUGUCGGCGGUGGUUGCAGGUUGUCGUAGGUCGCCGCUGCGAUUCUUCCGCCCUGCACGCAGCCUCCGUGCGACACUGGAACUGAGAAGGCGUGGAAAGGGGCUGGAAAUGAGAAAACACUCCAGUCUACACUAUUCUGACACAAUUUCGCGGCGAAGCCAAAAAGAGUGCAGAAAUCGCAAGAGCAGCGCGAAACAGCGAGAAACGCGCGUGUGUGUGAAACAUACUGAAAUGUGCAUUCGACAACAACAAUAGCGGAGAAAAGCGAGGGAAGAAACAAAAGCGAAGAGGUGCCCAGGCAGAAAUUGGAAAUAAACAAAAAGAAAUUGCAUAAGUCGGAUUUUGGCGUGCGCUUUGCGCAUCUUCUUCUGGCUAGCUGCUGCAAUAUUUGAGUGGCUUCUGCCGUUUAUCCCGCGAGAAAAACCAAAAAACCAAAAAACUAAAAAACAAACAGUAAACAACUAAAAAAAGCGAGUUAAGACCGAGAGAGACUUUUUACAACAUUUUAAUCAACUGCGCUGGGCCUUCGCUUGACCAUUUGACUUUUUUCGAACAAGUUUGCAGUCAAGUUUGUGGCUCGCUGUGUGCGUUUUCGGCAAUUAAAGCCCAUUAAUGCAAUUGUUGCCGUCCAAUUUCUAUAUUUCCACGUGUGUGUGUGUGCGCGCCUUUUAGCCGUUAAAGUCAAACAUUUAUGCAACUCGGCCGAAAGCAGCAGCAGCAGCAGGAAAGGCAAAAGCAACAUCUGGCCAAGGGACGCACUCCAUUCGCAAUUGAAGUCUGUGUGAGACGACCAUGCCCAUUUGCAAAAGUUCACCGGGCACGGCGAGCAAGAAAACAGCCACGGAUAUAUCCGCCGACCACGUGACGGAAGCGGCCCAGGUGAAGCGGACGCGGGAGCAGGCCUACUUCAACUCCUACGACUUCGAUGCAAUCGAGGUGCUGCCCUACGAGGAGGAGGACGACGAGGCGGGAGGCACCAGCCACAGCAGGAGCAGGAGCAGGAGCCAGAGCCGGAGCCAAAGCCGGUGCGGAAGCAGCAGCAGCCGGAGCAGCAGCACCAGGAGCUACUCCGCCGCCAAGGAGACCGGUGCCGGCAACAAGUUCGCCUAUCUGCAGCGCCUGGGCGCCUUCUUCGCUCGCAACGCAAGUGGAGCAGGCGAAGCGGGAUCGGGAGAAGCCGCUGGUAUAGCUGCUCCAAGUGGAGGAGGUGCAUCCAACGCGGCGCCCAAGGGAAGCAGCGAAAAUUUUCUACUGCCACGAGCCAUGCUUAAAUAUCAAAGCACGGCGACAGCAUCACCAUCAGCAUCAGCCUCGCCAUCGUCCACAUCCACGGCAGCGGCCGCAAUGCCACUGAAGGAUGGACUGGCCACUGGAAUGGGGAAUGCAAUUGGUCACGACCAACAGCUGGAGGCGACCGGCGGCGCGGGGGAGCGCAGCAAGAAGUGCUCGAUUGCGUCCAAUGUCAGCAGCACGCAUUCCACGGAUUCCGGACUGGCAGUCGCAGCAGCAGCAGCAUCAGCAUCAGCAUCAGCAGCAUCUGCGACUGCAGCAACAUCUGCUGCAGCAGCGGCAGCAGCAGCACAGGCGGCGCGCGGCGCAGGAGGUGGUGGUGGUGGCUCACACUAUUCGACGGACAAAAGCGGCUCGUCCGGUUAUUACAGCUCCAAUGUGUGCUCCACUUACUCGCUGGACGAGCACAUCUAUUGCGAACCGGUCAUCGAUGUCCAGGAGAAGAUCAAGAGUGUGGCCGCCAGGCAGCGGCAGAGACCACCGCUCCAGCUACCAACGAAAGCGGGCGCUCCGCAGGAGGCGCCAUCGAUAGACCCACCGGAAGGCUCGUCGGAAAAGUUGUCCGCAGUGAAGAGUCAGCGCUCGGACAUGCAAGAUGCAGCCGCAUCGAAUGGCCAUCAAUCGCAGUCGAAGGCCGAGGCGGCCGAGGGGCUGCAUCACUACAGCAAAAAGCUGCGAGUUCUGGAGACGAGCAUCGAGAAUCUGGACCGCCACCUGAAGACUUUUCCCAGUCUGUAUGCACAGGAGCAUAUUGUGAGCUUCAUGCAGGUGGCCGGCGGGAGAAACGAAGGUCCACCCCAGCCUCUGGAUAUUGGGGAGAAGCUGAGGGUCUACAACCAGUUGCCCACCAUCAUGGAGCAGCAGCAGCAGCAGCAACAGGAGCAGAUGGUGGAUGAUUCAUUGUUGGAUAUUGACCUAGAUGCCUUUCUUUUGGCGCCCAGCACGGGGCAUCGUGGCAUCGACAAUCCCAGCUUUCUGAACGACGAGCAACUGGCGGAGAACAACUACAAGUGCGCCAAGUACAUCAACUCCUGUCCCGAGGAUGCCUACCGCCUGGAGAGCGAAAGGGGCGGAGCGGGAGGACCUGGUGUGGGCGUGGCAGAGGAGACCUAUGUCAAGCGGUAUGAGGAUCAGUUGCAUUUCCAGAACACUCGGGAGCUGUUGGAGGACGUCCGUGACAAGAUCCGCCUCCUAUCGCGUGCGACACCCCCGACUUCGGCAUCGCCCACACCCGCGAGCACCCCGCCCUCCGAUGUGCCCAAGGAGCUGGAGGGGAUGAUCCACACGCUGAAGCACGAACUGGAGUCGUACCUGCAGCGCAUGAACCAGCACAGUGAGCUGGAACUCCGGCAGUUGUGCAGCGGCUUGGGACGCCAGCAGCACGUGGUCCGCAUGCAAAACGCCCUGGAACGCAGGCGCAGUUGCGCCGAUCUUCAACUGAAUGCCUACGAGGCAGUACGCGAUGGAGUACUCAUCUCCGCCAAUGGCCGACCUCUCAGCGUUCGCGAGCAGAUCAUGACCAUUCGCUGUGCCAGCGAUCCCAACUUCAAGAUGAAGCGCAAGUCCAUAGCGGAGAUCUUCCCCGCCGCCGAAUGCUAUGUGGAAUCGGAGGUCACCACCACCAGUCUCUCGCGCAGUGCCACGCCCUCGCCCGCCUCCACGCCGCAGUUGGAGCUCGAGGCACUGCAUCCAGGCCUAGCAACGACCACACUAGUUACGCAAAUGCAGCGCAACCUCACCUUCCAUAAGCCCAUCCUCGCGGUGUCCAACAGCAAUCCUGGAGUUGGAAAUGUGACGGUGGACGGAGCUGGCGGCGAUAAGGCCGAGCGGGAUCGGGAGCGGGAAAGCCUCGCCGAGUGGCAUCGCAAGAAGCCCAGCAUCUGGGAGAUGUACUACGGCACCAAUCGGCUCCAUCAGUCACUCCUCGGCAAGCAGCGAGGUGGAGGCGAACUGGUCAUCAGCAGUGCUCAGCCCACUCUGUCCUAUCCAUCCUCGCGACCCGAAUCGGACUUCACGCUCGACCUGCCGCGGGCGGAGCAGCUGCGUCUGAAAAUGGAGAAGGAGAAGAAGUUCCGCCAAAGAUGUCGCUUCAUCACCACGUUCCUCAGCCUGGUCUUCUUCCUGCUGACUGUGAUGGUGGUCAGCCUGGUUCUGACGCGCGGCAAACGGAUGUUCGGCAGCAUGAUUUGAUUUCGGGGAUCCCGAUCGCCAAACCCACGCCGAUGGCUAUGUAGCCACACCAGUUAGCCCCUAGAUCCGACUCUGGUAGGUCGGGAGAAUGGAGAAUGGCUCGGCGGAAUAUUACAAACUACAGUGCCAACCACAAAUGUAAAACGUUAGCGAAGCUCAAGUUUAGUGUUAGCGGUAGUCGUAAGCUCCUGUGGUUUUUCUAGGCAGGGCAGGACCGCCACAGCCGCAGUCGCAGUAUUGUUAAUAAAUUAUUUAUGUGAUCCUAGUUGAUAAGUACGAGUUAGUGCAUUUGUUUUCGUGCGUACGCGUAUACUGCCUGUAUCCAGCCUAUGUAUAUCCUUUGUCAAAGCUAUCUGUAAGCCCAUCAACCUGUAUUAAGUCUACGUUUGUAACCAAUUAUAGCUAGAUUCGUCCUGUGAAAGUGUGAAGAAUAAAGAGAAGCGAGUACAUGUAA